CUCUCUCUCUCUCUCUCUUUCUUUUUUCCCCCCUUUCCUUUUUUUGUGAAUGAAAGAAGGAGGUCGCGAGCGGUCUCGGGGACCGCAGCGCUAGGCGUCUAAGCGGCAGCGCCUUCGGAGCGAGCCGGUCGUAGCAGCGGCGGCCUCGCCCCCAUCUCCGCUUCUGCGCGCCGCCUCCAGCCUGCGCAGCCCAGGACCCGCGGCGACGGCGCGGCCCAGCAGCCCGAGGUCGGGGCGGCAGCGCGCAGCCCGGCUCCGGCGCGCCUCCAUGACAUUGGGCGCCCGGGGCGCGGGGAGAUGCUGAUCCGGAAGAGGCGAUGGCUGCAGUGGCGCGCGCGCGGCCGCUCCCGGCCCGCCGUCCUACCUGGGCUGCUCUCUCGGAGUUUCUGAUCUAACGCGCCCGGGCCCAGAGGCUGUAGCAGCAGCAGCAGCCGCAGCAGCAGCAGCAGCAGCAGCCGCAGCAGCAGCAGCUCGGCGGCGCCGGCAUCGUUCUAACUUGCACGCGGGGAGUGACCCCAGACAUUUCACUAAAAUGAGCGUGCUUAGCAGGAAGAGAUGUGUUCCUUACACUAGAAAUCACCCCGUCACAUGUAGUGGUGUCCCAAUUAAUGGAUUCUGACAUGGAUUAUGAAAGGCCAAACGUAGAGACCAUCAAGUGCGUUGUGGUGGGGGACAACGCCGUGGGCAAGACCAGGCUCAUCUGUGCCCGGGCCUGCAAUGCCACCCUCACCCAGUACCAGCUGCUUGCCACCCAUGUGCCCACGGUUUGGGCCAUCGACCAGUAUCGGGUGUGCCAGGAGGUGCUAGAACGCUCCCGGGAUGUGGUAGAUGAUGUCAGCGUUUCCCUGCGCCUCUGGGACACCUUUGGAGACCACCACAAAGACCGUCGCUUUGCUUAUGGGAGGUCCGAUGUGGUGGUCCUGUGCUUCUCCAUCGCCAACCCUAAUUCGCUCCACCACGUCAAGACCAUGUGGUACCCAGAGAUCAAGCACUUCUGCCCCCGAGCACCCGUCAUCCUGGUGGGCUGCCAGCUGGACCUGCGCUACGCCGACCUGGAGGCUGUCAAUAGGGCCAGGCGACCCUUGGCCAGGCCCAUCAAGCCCAACGAGAUCCUUCCCCCGGAGAAGGGCCGGGAGGUGGCCAAGGAGCUGGGCACCCCCUACUACGAGACCAGCGUGGUGGCCCAGUUCGGCAUUAAGGAUGUCUUCGACAACGCCAUCCGCGCGGCCCUCAUCUCCCGCCGCCACCUGCAGUUCUGGAAGUCCCACCUCCGCAACGUGCAGCGGCCUCUGCUGCAGGCGCCCUUCCUGCCCCCCAAGCCCCCUCCGCCCAUCAUCGUGGUGCCCGACCCCCCCUCCAGCAGUGAGGAGUGCCCCGCCCACCUCCUGGAGGACCCGCUGUGCGCGGAUGUCAUCCUGGUGCUGCAGGAGCGGGUGCGCAUCUUUGCCCACAAGAUCUACCUCUCCACCUCCUCCUCCAAGUUCUACGACCUGUUCCUCAUGGACCUGAGUGAGGGGGAGCUGGGGGGCCCCUCGGGGCCAGGGGGCCCCCGCUCAGAGGACCACCGGUCUCACCCUGAUCACCACCACCACCACCACCACCACCACCACGGCCGGGACUUCCUGCUUCGCGCCGCCAGCUUUGACGUGUGCGAGAGCGUGGAGGACGGUGGGGGCUCCGGCCCCGCCGGGCUCCGGGCCUCAACCAGUGACGGUAUCUUACGGGGCAACGGCACCGGGUACCUGCCAGGGAGGGGCCGCGUGCUGUCUUCCUGGAGCCGAGCUUUCGUUAGCAUCCAGGAGGAGAUGGCAGAAGAUCCGCUGACCUACAAAUCCAGACUGAUGGUGGUGGUAAAAAUGGACAGUUCCAUCCAGCCGGGGCCCUUCCGGGCCGUCCUCAAGUACCUGUACACUGGAGAGCUGGACGAGAAGGAGCGGGACCUCAUGCACAUCGCCCACAUCGCAGAGCUGCUCGAGGUCUUCGACCUCCGCAUGAUGGUGGCCAACAUCCUCAACAACGAGGCCUUCAUGAACCAGGAGAUCACCAAGGCCUUCCACGUCCGCCGCACCAACCGGGUGAAGGAGUGCUUGGCAAAGGGCACCUUCUCAGAUGUGACCUUCAUCCUGGAUGACGGCACCAUCAGUGCCCACAAGCCCCUGUUGAUUUCCAGCUGCGACUGGAUGGCCGCCAUGUUUGGGGGGCCGUUUGUGGAGAGUUCCACCAGGGAGGUGGUGUUCCCUCACACGAGCAAGAGCUGCAUGCGGGCCGUGCUGGAGUACCUGUACACGGGCAUGUUCACCUCCAGCCCCGACCUGGACGACAUGAAGCUCAUCAUCCUGGCCAACCGCCUCUGCCUGCCGCACUUGGUUGCCCUCACAGAGCAGUACACAGUGACCGGGCUGAUGGAGGCAACGCAGAUGAUGGUGGACAUCGAUGGGGACGUCCUUGUGUUCCUGGAACUGGCUCAGUUCCACUGCGCGUACCAAUUGGCAGACUGGUGUCUCCACCACAUCUGCACCAACUACAACAACGUGUGCCGCAAGUUCCCGCGAGAUAUGAAGGCCAUGUCCCCAGAAAACCAGGAGUAUUUUGAGAAGCAUCGGUGGCCGCCCGUGUGGUACCUGAAAGAGGAAGAUCACUACCAGCGGGCCCGCAAGGAGCGUGAGAAGGAGGACUAUCUCCACCUGAAACGGCAGCCCAAGCGGCGGUGGCUGUUCUGGAACAGUCCCUCCUCACCGUCCUCUUCUGCGGCCUCCUCGUCGUCCCCAUCUUCCUCCUCGGCUGUGGUCUGAGAUGCUGCCACCCUCUUCUGACCCUGCUGCUGUUGUGCCCACCUGCCCUCACCCCUCUGCUCUCUGCAUCGCCCCCUCCACCUUCCAGGGACAAGGGGACCCACCCAACCAGGACCCGGAGGGCGGAGCUGCUCUCACCAGCCAACAGGGCUUGGCAAGAGAGGGGCAGGGCCUUGUGGAUCAGACCAGGGACCCCUGCAGAGGUGCCCAGUUCUGAAGCAGGGCAAGGGGCAGCUCCUGGGAGGUGGGAGCAGGGAAGAGCUGAGGGCACUGGCAUCUUGUCCCUGGAGAGCCCUGGAGUCAGAGGGCCAACGCCAGCCGGGGCCUGCGGAGGCAGCCCCUCCCAGGGAGCAGCGGUGUGCAGGGAGGGUUCUGCCCCUGGAGGCCAUGAUUUCCCACCAGGGGGCUGGAGGGUUGCACAUGUUUAGUGGGCUCGACCACAGGAGGCUGCUCAGAUCCUCACUGGAGAAGUCAGGGUGGACGCUGCUCCUGCAGAGCCUAGCAGAGGCUUGCACUCUGCCUGCUGGAGCCGUCGGCGCAGGCCUGGCGGAGCUGGCGGAACGUGUUCAGAGCUCCCAGCCCAGGAGCAGGGCCUGCUGGUGCCGCAAGAAACUUCUUGCUCCCCUGCCCCACUCAGGUGGGAGCCGGAGGAGACGGCUGGGACGGGGAGGGAAGGCACGGGCCACAGGCCCAGUGCAGCAAUCCUGGGCUCCUCCGGGCUCUGCUCCCGCCUCUAGUUAGCAUGGCUGCUUAUUAUGGUGCGGGGCCAAACUAGCAAAGAGAAAAAAAGCAACAAACAAAUCACCAACAGGAACACUCUAGCCUCUAUCCCCUCAAAGAAGAAAGAACACACAAAGACCCUGUUCCCUGUAUAGCUCACAUUUGUAUCGAACCCCAAAGGGGCCCCCACGUGGAGGAGAAAAAGGUUUAGAUCAUAGAAUUGAUUCCAGUGCCUUUCAGGAAAGUGCUCGGUCACCUGUGGUGACUGGGGACGCCCUGGCCUGAGGCAGGUUCUGGGGGGGCAGCCCAAGUCCCACGCCUUCGGCCACAGGGACUGAGGCUUCAGGGCUGGGGCAGAGGAGGGAAGGCGAGGCCCUGGGGUUCCCUCACACAUGGCAUGAGAUGGCUCCUGCUGCGCGUUGUGAGAACCCGGGUAUCCUGCCCCGCUUCCGAGGUGGCCCCCCACAGGGUGGGAAUGUUUGGGAGGAAGAGUUGGGGUAGGGGCCAAAGGUCAGUAAGGUCACUGGCUUGGGACUAGGAAUCUCUGUGUAGAAAGAUCGCAGGACAGGACCUUAGGUGGUGAUGGUUUGGAAGAAAAGGGAGACCUGAGCAGCAGCAGCCCCGCAGUCCACUGGGAGGAGAGGGAUGGGGCGGGAGGAUGGAGACGGCAGCCUGCAGCCCUGCAGGGGAAGUUGGGCCGCAACAGACCCUGCCCCCCGUUGCUGCUCCUGAUGCCGUUUUACUCCCAUGGCCAGAGAGUCGCCUGGCCUGAGGAGGAGGGACUGGCUGUGGUCUCAAGGGCCCGGCAUGGGUCCCACCACCAAGAGUCAGGCUUCAUGACCGGGAGAGCGCAAACCCAGAAACCAAGGGCACCUGUAACACGUCAGCGGGGCCAAGAGGCAGAGAUCUGAGGGUAAGCCCAUGUCAAAAUUAGAAGCAGGAGGUGGCAGGGCAAGCAGGCCUGCAGUGGCCGGGGCCCAUUCUUUCUGAGCCCGACUUCUCCAAGGCCACGUUGCAUCCCCUCCACGUCCUCCAGGGUGGUUCGUGGGUGCCCCCGGCGAGUGCUGCCCUCUGCUGGCCGCCAGCCUCCCCGAGUUGAGCUUGCAGUCUGCGGCCUCGGGGAAGGCUGGGGGGCAGUGGUUGCAGUGCAGGGUGGGAACAGCUCUGCGCCCAGCACCUUUCCUCCGGGGAAGGAAACGGCAGGAACCACAGGGUCUCCCAGGGACUGUAGGUGAGAGGGAGAGCCCACGGGGCAGGGAAGGGGUGUUCAUGAGCUUGCA